AUGACUUUAGAGCUAUUGCUUUUUAUCUUACACCACUCACACUACCACCCCUUUAUUAUCUUCACCCCCGAUAGCUCUUGGCAUGUAUUUCUGAGUACUCUAUGUCCCUGCCAAUCUCCCUAUCUUCGUGGACAAACCUUGAGCACUGCCUUGAAUUAUCGAAGGACGGAUGGCUGA